AUGGAAUUAUUAAUAAAAAAAAUAAAAUUGGCAAAGCGAUUAUUUGUAUUGCGAAAACUCGGUCGUUGCAAAAUUUUGCUUGUAAUAGCGACUUUAUUCGUUUAUAUAUUACUAGGUUCGAGCACUAUUUUCUUUUUCGAAAGCAAUGCACAUGAAAGUUAUGUAAGAAAAAUCUAUUUAAAUAUUGCCGUUAAUAGGCGAAUGUUUGCUCGAAAAAUGAGCCGACAAAUUUUCAACGAUACAAAAUAUUUAUUAAUUGUCAUUGAUCAAGAACAAACUGAAAGAGUUCAGGCUCAUUUAGUAAACGCAUUGAAGGACUAUGAGAGUCUAUUGAAUUUGAAAAUUCCUGACAAAAGGGAAUGGGACUUAAUAAAUUCGGUGAAUUACAUAUUAUCUUUAUUAAUAACGAUUGGCAGCAGUGAUUUAAUGCCACGAACGAAAUCCGGACAGGUAAGAGCAUUAUAA